UAACAGUAAAAGCAAUGGGAUCUCUGAGCAGACAGGCCUUCUUCCAGGAACUAGGAUCCGGUUGCUUGCUUCCAACCGUCCAGCAGGGUCUAGAACAAGUAUGGCAGCUUUUACUCAUCUGCCUCAUCUGUAGGCUGUCAUGGAGAUUGGGCCUGCCCUCUUUCUUGAAACACCUGAGUACAGUGGUGGGUGGUUUUUACACACUUUACCUGUUCUUCGAGCUGCACAUGGUCUGGGUGGUGCUGCUCAGCCUUCUCUGCUACCUCAUCCUCUUCUUAUGUCGUCACUCAAGCAGUCGCGGACCCUUUCUGUCCAUCACAAUCCUCAUCUACCUCCUCCUGGGAGAGUUGCACAUGAUGGAUACAACAACCUGGCACAAAAUGAGAGGUUCUCAGAUGGUAGUCGCUAUGAAGGCAGUUUCUCUUGCCUUUGAUUUGGACAAAGGGAUAGUGGAGAAAGUCCCUUCUCCAGUGGAGUUCAUGGGCUACAUUUACUUCGUGGGGACCGUCAUCUUUGGGCCCUGGAUCAGUUUCAACAGCUACAUGGAUGCAGUAGAGAGCCGAAAACUUAGCGUCUCCUGGUUUAUGAAGUCCGUCGUCAGCUGUGUGAAGAGCCAGCUCUGUCUCCUCAUUUCCAACUGUGUUGCACCUUAUCUUUUUCCCUAUUUCAUCCCAGUUUUUGGAAACAAGCUACUCCGAAACAAGAAGCGAAAGAUGAGCUUUAUACUGUUUCUCCUCAUCAGGUGGCUGCAGGCGUACGAGAACAGCCUGUCCUUCCACUUCAGUAAUUACUUUGUGAGUUUCCUCGGUGAGACGACCACCACGCUGGCAGGUGCAGGAUUCACAGAGGAGAAGGACAAUCUGAAGUGGGACAUGACAAUUGCAAAGCCGCUUAAUGUUGAGCUUCCCAGGUCUAUGGUGGAAGUGGUAACGUCUUGGAACCUGCCCAUGUCCCGCUGGCUCAACACCUAUGUGUUUAGGAAGGCUCUCAGGCACGGGAGCUUCACUGCCAUUAUCAUGACACACACAGCAAGCGCUUUGCUUCACGGCCUGAGCUUCCACAUUGGAGCAGUAUUAUUGACCCUAGGCUUCAUAACAUAUAUUGAACAUGUGCUGAGGAAAAGAUUGUCAGCCAUUUUAAAUGCCUGUGUUCUCUCCAAGAGAUGCCCGUCUGACUGCAAACACAGACAUAAAAAGGAGCUGUGGGUGUAUUUAAUUAACGGGACAUUUAGCAUGUUAGCACUCCUGCAUUUGACAUACCUGGGAUCAGUUUUUGGCUCCAGCUCAGAUGACAUGGAUUCUGAUGAGGAUGGCGUCGCCAGCCACACCAUUCAGAAGUGGACUCAGCUCAGCUGGACAAGCCACUGGCUGACCUUCGCCCUGUGGGUUUUCUAUCGCCUUAUCCUAUAAACACAGAUCUGCACAGACGGGGAGACAGGGAGAGGAUAGCAAUAACUGGAUAUUUUAUAUGUGCUUACAGUAGAGCAGUUGUGGGUGUUUACGGUGUCACUGUGAACUCUGGAUGAUCCUGGACUGGAAUUUUUGCAUUAACCAGAACUUUACGAAUACCAGGAUGUUUUGAUGUUUUCUAAACUACCUAAAACCAAGAAGCAUCAAGAAGCAACUUUUUACAGCAAUCCUCGAUAAAUGUGAAAUUUGACUUAUUCAUAGCCAUUGUUGAUGAAUCAAGAUUUUGAUAUGGCUGAAUAAUGAAUCUAGUUAAUGUUUGAUGGUGUAGAAUUAUUACUUCUUACUGUGAAUAGAACUAUUGUCUGAGACAGUCUUGUCUUUCCCAACCAUGUUUCUGGAGGCACACCAACAGUACAUAUUUUAGAUGUCUCCCUUUUCCGACUUAUUCAUUUCAGGUUAUGGAGUCUCUUCUACUGUUGUGAUGAGUUGAUUCAGGUAUGUUUGAUUAGGAAGAGGCUGAAAAUGUGUACUGAUGGUGUGCCUUUAGGAACCGGGUUGGGAGACACUGGAUUAAGAAGUUGUUUCUGAUUUGCUUUAUGACUUUUUUUCAGCUUGAAUUUGUCGUUGAGUUUGAAAGCUUGAGUUUGUUUUUCAAUUCCACUUUAUGCUGAUGCUUUUUCUUUAAAGCACAUAUCAUGUCAUAACAAUGGGGUUAUGUUCAUUAUGCCUGUUAUGUGUGACAAACAUGCAAAAUUAUUUUUUAUUGUCAUUAUUGAGCUCUGAAUGCACAUAUGAUAAGCUUCACAUUCUCUUUAUGUGUAUGAAUCAUUAAAGUGGUGAUAGCGUGAAAUUUGAGACGCUCAAUAUUGAGACAGUAUUAUUAGUGUUUUAUAGUUUCUUAUAUUUAAACAUUUUAAAAAUGUAUAUUAUUCCUGGCUACAAGAAAACAUUCAAGUGUGUAUUUACUUUAAUCUUUGCUUUUUUAUCACCAUUGAUGCUUGUUAGUAAUUAGACUAGUAAUGUUACUGUAUUUAAGGUCACACUGUUUUUAAGUGCCAAACAGAACACUAAGAAUUAAAAUCUGAUUAAUGUCAGAUAGAAUCUAAUAGUACUUUUAUUUACUGUGUUUAGACAUUCAAUACAUUUUUACCUUGUUGUUAA